AUGGCUUCGGCGAAGAUUCAACGAAUGUCGAAAUCAGGCAAGCAAAAACCAGCGCAGAAAAGUCAAACCAACGAUGUCCCGGACGAAAUUCAAUGCAAGAUCUGCAAGAAACGUUAUGAAGAUCCCAAACUUCUACCGUGCUUGCAUACGUUCUGUAAAGCGUGUUUGGAGCAAAGCGUCGAGACCCACGACGGUGCAUUGCAUUGUCCUGUUUGCCCAGCCGAAAUAGGUUCCUCGGAGUAUUCCGGCGUAGAAAAACUACAAAGUAACUUUCUGGUCAGUAAUCUACUGCAAGCGAUCGAUUUGAAACAAGGCUUAAGUUCAAAACAAUGCGAAAGUUGUGAAGAAGGGGUAACGGCCAGCUCGCGUUGCUUCGAAUGUAGCGACUUUUUGUGCGGUAAUUGCGUCGAGGCACACAAACGCGUUCGCUUCACAAAAACCCACCGAGUUGUCGCGAUUAAAAACUUGGACGCGGACGCGAUGGUUAAAUCGCCAACUUGCGCUACCCACGUACAAGAGGCGCUUAAAAUGUACUGUAAACAAUGCAAGAAACCGGUUUGCAGGUCGUGUAUACUCAGCGAACACGACGAACAUUUAUUAAUAUCAUUAAAAGAAGCAGUCGACGAUACUAAACCGAAACUCAAUACAUUGUUAGUCGCGACCCGAGCAAAGAUACCGAUUUUACAACGUAAGCUCAAAGGGGUCCACGCAUCGAAGGACAAGCUCGAGACUAAAGUUGAUGAGGUUAUUAAAGAAAUCCAAGCAACAUCGGCGCGAAUUUUAAUGGCUGUGAAACGGCGGGAAAAGGAUUUGUAUAAAAUGCUACGUCGCAUACACGAUCAAAAGAGUGACGAGUUGGAGAGCAAGGAACUCGCACUGGAAAACGAUUUGGCACAGGUUUUGGACAGCUGUGAUUUCGCUGAGGAGUUGGGGAAAUCUGGUAACGAGGCGAUGGUGUUGCACGCCAGCGAGAUGACGUGCGCGAGACUGAGAGAUUUGAGCGGGAAAGAGGAUGACGCCGUACCGGAAAUUGCCGAGAAUGAAAUUGAGUAUAGUGUCGAGGAAAAACCGGUGCUCGACCAGUUGAAGAUAUACGGUAAAGUUUUGUCGAAAGAACAGAAAGCUAAAAAGGAAAACGACAGAGAGGGAGGCGGUAAGGACAAGGAGAGGCGUGGUAAGAGUGGAAAUGAGAAGGAUAGAAAAGUAGAGAGCCAGAAAGAUGACGGAGGGAAGCAAGUGAACCAAGGCGAAGCGGAAGAGAAGGAAGCGCCCGUUGAACGUAGAACAAGCUGGUUGCAGACUCUCACGAAUCCUCGAGCGUUGAUACGAAGGCUGAGCUUCGGCGGAGACGAAAUGGAAGACAAAAAGCCCGAGGAUAAGUCCGGCUCGAAGGACCAAGCAGCGAGCGGGGGCGAUGGAACAGACGCCGGUCAAAGUAAAACACCACAACCAACUCAAGCUACGAAAGAUCAACAACAGCAACAGCAGCAACAGCAACAGCAACAACAACAACAACAACCCACCCCGCGAAAACGCACAGAUUCGGUUUCAAAGUCCACAGCAGCGAAUGACCCUGAGCCUAUAUACGCCGUGCCAGAUAAACCAAAGUCGGGAACAUCGCAGGACACUAAACCUGAUCCAAGUAAAUCCCCACCGAAACCCCCACGAAGUCCCCGUAAUGAACCCGCGCCGAUGUCCCCAAAUGACCCUAAUAAACCCAUUGAAUCCCCAACUACCACUGAACUAGAUUCUCCAAGAUCCCAUUCGAUCCUAAAACAACCAUCACCGCGCGACAACACUGAAGAACCACAAGAGGCUGUCCAAGCCUGGACAGUUCGGGGAGGUUCGGUACCUUCCGGAGCACACUCGCAGUCGUAUCUACCCAGUCUUUGUAUACUCACGAAAAACCGCCGAGGACGCCCGAGAGAAGUCGAGAUACAACUGGAAUCUCCGGACAGCAGUAUCGUGUCGGCACAAAUCUUGGAUCACAAAAAUGGGACAUAUACUAUAUUCUAUUGCCCGCUAACACCAGGGGAACACAACCUGUAUGUGAAUCUAGGCGGGAAGAAUAUAAAACACGGCAAAAAGGUGUUGAAUUUUUACGGAAAGUUCACCGGAAUGGGGGCUGAGGAACUGUUUCUAGCGCGGCGAGCACUCAGUUGUAUACGUUGGCAAGUCACGCCGGGUUUUGUUGAACUUAAAGACAAGAAACUAAAACCGAACCCUGAUUUUUAG